ACAUUAUUAUAAACUGACUCCAUUGUUUAUACACGUGCUGACAGAUUUCUUUCAUUUAACAACGGGCCGUUGGACUACAGUGAGUAGACGGCCAAACAUAUUUCUGAAAUUAGAUAGCCUUACUCUGAUUUGUAACAGGAAACUUCUCCCACCAGCAGGCACUUAAGUCGCCAUUUUGAACCAAAUACUUUUCUCACGCUGCAUGUUGUAUAUAUUAUAUAGAAAAUAAUAUGGAUUUGUCAGUUAUAACGUAAAUAAAUAAAAAUUCACCAUAAAGGCCUACCUAGAACUUCCAAGAACAACGAUAGCCCUACCCUACGUACCUAAGAGAAGUUAACCUAACACAGGCGACACAAAGAAACGUGAACUGCUUCGAAGAAAGAAUACAUCAAUGAAAGUUAAUAACUAGAAAAAUGACGGCGAUUGAUGAUCCUAGAUAUCAAGCCAAUCUUCAACAGGGCGGAGGACAUCCAAAAGGUCAGCCACCUAAUGUCAUGGGGAGAGGAGAGAAGCUUAGUUUUUGUAUUGUAAAAUAUAUAUUUUUUGGCUUCAAUGUCUUCAUUUGGUUUUUAGGAUGUGGUGUAUUAUCUCUGGGAGUAUGGCUUCAUGUAAAUCGUGGACCUUACAUGUCCUUAGUACCAGCAUACAGUUUUCUAAGUGCAUCUAGUCUAUGUAUAACAGCAGGCUGUAUUAUACUCAUUGUUGGAUUUCUCGGCUGUUGUGGGGCAUUUCUUGAAAAUCAGUGUAUGCUGAUAGGGUAUUUUGUGUUAGUUUUGCUUAUAUUUACUCUGGAAGUAACAGCUGGAACUCUUGGUAUUGUCAAACAAAAUGAGAUGAGAGAAGUAUUAAAGGAAGAGUUUUUGAUCAGUAUACAACAAGAUUAUCAUCCAGUAGUUGAAGAUCAAAAUAAAGAUAACUGGAGAAAUGUCAUGAAUUCACUACAGAAAGAGCUUCACUGCUGUGGUAUAAAUAAUUAUACAGAUUGGUAUUAUGUAUCAGCUUGGCCGAAUGAAGAAAGAGUACCUGAUUCUUGCUGUGUUCGAAGUUUGAAUUUAUGUGGACAACUUGAUAAAUCUUAUUGGUAUAACAGAGGUUGUCUAGAAGAAAUAGAGUAUUGGUUUAUAAGAAAUAUGUAUGUUUUGGGUGUUGUUGGGAUUACUGUUGCUGUAAUACAGAUAUUGGCUAUGGUGGCAGCUAUCAUUCUCUUCUGUUAUUUACGCAGCAGAAAGUAUUUACUUUGAUAAUGGAAAGUAUUAAAUUCUGUCAUAUUCACAAGAACAAAAAUAAUAAAAGUGUUGACAGAUCUGCACAUAUUCUUCCACAUCAAUCCUAAAAUCAAAAUAUCAGUGUAAAAUAAAAUUACUUUGAUGAAUGACUUUUGUAAUAUGAAUGGCAGAUCUGUAAUAUUAAAAUGGAAUACAAAUCUAUUUUUGAAAUUAUGUUGUAUUAUGUCUUUUAAGACUGGUAAAUUUAUUAACUAUGUUAAUUUGAGAUACUGGUGUUAAAUAUAAUUUUGACAAGUGUAUUCACUUCAUAUACAAAAUGUUGCAAUAUUUUACACUGAAAGGAUAAUUUGCCAAAUUUUCAAAAGUACGUUAUACCCAAAUCCUAAUAAUAAUGAUAUUAGGAUAGCAGUCCAUAUAUUUGUUUUAAAUCAUAUUUUCUGCCAACUUACUAGAAUUUAUUGACAUUGAUAUUUUAUACAUCUUUAUUAAAUAAUUUGAUCAUGAUUGUUUUGUAUUAAAAAUUUUAAUAAAAAAAAUAUAAGGAAAUUCUUGUAUUUGAUUAAGAGUAUUAUUGAUGUAGCCAACACUUACUGACAACUUAGUAUUGUCUCUCGAAAGUAAUAUACUACCUCAAAAUAAUUACCAUUGAAAAUUAAGAGGAAAAAAAAAUGUUUUGCAUUUCGUAAUUGUUUACAAUAUAGGAUUUCUGAAAGUUUUUGCAAUAAUUAUAUAAGAAAUGUAAAUAGACCAUAAGAGCUUUAACAAUAUUGAUAUUCAGUUCUUAAAUCUUUUAGACAGGUUUAUUAUGAUCAAAUUGUAAAAUCUUGUAUGAGCAAUAUUAGCCAUAGACUUCACUGAGUUACUUGUCUGCAUUAUCUAGUCUAUAACAAAUUUGUAAUUUGGUACAUAAUUGUUGAAAAUUGCAAAUUAAAAAGAGUUAAUGUUCUGUACCACAUGAUUCAGAAUCAUACAAAUUGACAUACUCUAUUGUGAUUGUAUAGUAGCUAGUGAUUGAAAUCGGUUAAAGUGACAUUAUGGAAGAUUAGAUAAAGAGCUGACAAUAAAGAGCUGCUAUAAUAGUUAAAAAAUAGAUAAUGUAAAUGAGAUAUGCUGAAAAUUUCAGUCAAAUUACUUCACUCUAAGCCGAGAAAUCCUCAGAUCAGAUUCAAAAUUAAUUCAAAUCUGUGGAAAAUCAGACCCAUCAGAUGGCAUCGAGAGUUGAUUAUAGCUUUGUCACGUUAAUUAAUAGUUUAUAUAACAUUUCAAGCCUAUAGAAAGACCUGCACUAGGCAGAUUUAGUUCUUGCAUAAUGCCUGUUUAAUUCUCAGGUUGAGGCCACUCCUAGCCUAAGAUAUUUUUUCAGACCAUGCGAUACUCUCGUGAUUCAAGUACCUCCAUUGAAUCAAAAUUGUUAGCGAUAGACUUGAGGGAUGCACAUUAUGCGAUUGAUGUAAGUAAACCAAUAUGAUGACGAUACAAGGUUGACCAGUUAACAAUAAUUAAGUUUUAAACAUUUGUGUCAGAUUUUAAGAGAUGAAUCAGUUUAGCACGUAUGUUUCGUAUGUUUCGCAGUUUUGUAUUUAUUAGUCUUGCCUAAUAUUUUUAAUUUAUUUAAAAAGCAAUUAUACAGUAUACGCAUAUGUUCAAUUUGAAUAUUAUUGAAGAAAUUAUUUGUUUUUUUGUAUUGUUAUACUAUUUUAUUCAUAACGUUAUUUUAAUUUGUAGAUAGAUCUGCCGUAUUGAUAGCUGGGGCAUACUAAUCUUAUACAUUUAUACCAGUUGAACAUUUCCCAAUUAAAUAAUUGAUAAUAGCAAAUUUUGGUGGAUAGUUGGGUCAUUUUACUCAUUUAUUAAAUUAUCAGUAACGACUUGCUAUAAAUAAUUAUUGGCCUUUCUCAUAAAAUUUGUUUUUAUAUUAUUCUCAUGCAUUUUUAUUAUUCUUAAGUUUUAUACUUUGUCAAAUACAACAUUUGAAUUCCAUAACAAUGUUAUAUGCUGAGCAUACAUGUUGAUUAAAGAUUGCUCAAAAAUGUAAUUCCAUCACUUUCUUUUAUUAUUGGAUUAAAACUUAAAGUUAAAACAAAUUUUUAAAUUCAUUUUUUUCUUCACAUUUUUACCAUUUAGAAUCUCCAUGUCUUAAUUACGUACAUUUUUGUGCUGAUUUUCAGUUUUUAAUUAAGUACUGCUUUAAUUAUUUUUAUUUUUAUAUUAAUGACGAAUAUCAUAAAUAAACCUUGGUAAGACCAAGAAUAUAUUUCUACUGCUAGUUAUUGCAACAUAAAUUAUGACUUUAAAGGGGCAGUCCCAGAUUUCACAGGGCACACCAAAAUAUCUGAUCAAAAUAUUAAGCCAUUUGGAAAUGAUUGACAGAUUUGGUUAAAGGGUUAUUAACGUAUUUCAGGAAUUUCGUUCAAUUACAUAAGUGGCUUGACAAUCGUGACAAUUAUUCACAAAUAUAAAUUUUGCUAGUAUAUUGAUUUUGUUAUACAGGCACAUACAGUGUUGAAUUUUGUGACUUACUGUCAGAUCAACACGAAAAAAUGAAAGUUUGUAUUGUGAAUCGCCCAUAUUGAAGUGUGGUCGUAUACUGUUGUCGCCCGGCUCAUCCAGCGGUCCAGCGUCCACUAUUGCUUGUGGAUGCUCUACUGGCUAAAGUUAAUAUUCGAUUGACUUUAAAUUUAUACACAGUGUUUAAGAUCAUGAGACGAAGAAGCCUAUUGAUUUUCAACGAUUUACGAUAAUUAUUGCCAGGGUUAUGGCGACAACCCUUGUUGACUCCCCAGACGACUUAGCUGGUGUGGGUGUAUGUUUUGUUGCCUGGCUACCUAUCUUUUGAAAAAGUAUGACAGUGCUUCAGGAUUUGUAAAGCGGUGACCACAGUAGCCAAAUGAUUCGACCGAAUCAGUCAGUGUUAAAAUUCGACUAGUGUGUCCACUGUCAUUCGGCCAAAUGAUUCGCCCGAAUCAAACAUGUUUUAUAUAUUCGCUAGUGUGUCCGCCCGAUUGUAGAAUUCAUUAGCCAAUCACCACUCAUAUCGAAAAGUCACGUGAUUGUUCGAAGACUUGGUCGCUGCCAUGUUUAAUCAUGUGACGUGAAAGGCGAUGCAAUCGACUAGUGAAUCGGGCGAAGGAUUCGCCUAUUGUGUCCACUCAUUUGGAUGAAUGAUUCGGCUAAUGUGUCCACCGCUUAAGGGUCUUUCACCCAGAACUUACCAUUAUUAUUCAUUACAUACAUCUGGGACUGCUCAAUUAAUAAAUUAAAACAUGGACACCUUAAAUUGUCAUUUUCUUGUUGAGUUUAAUUAAGCUAUCUCUAAUUUUUAACAGAAACAGAAUUUGUAUUUAACUUAUUUUCAUUGUUUUGAAUACUCUAUACAUUUUGUUGAUAUCACUAUUCGAUAUCUAUUUUUUAGUUCUGAGUAGUAUAUCAGAUUGUAUUAUAAUAUGUUAUGUCAUGGUUUUAAAGUUUCUAUAAUUAAAUGUAUAUUGUGUCAUUUGUAACUGUCUAUUUCCCAUAUUGGGAGCCAUGGAGGUUCAGUGAGUAAGGCACUGGCCCGCUAACCAAGAUUUCUUGGCUACCGGUGUUGGCCGAAAAAUUCCUAAGGAUUUUCCAGUGUGGUUUCCCUUUUUCAGUGGUGCAGGACUGAGGGUCAAAAACUUGUUGACCGGACGAGACGGAAAACCGAUUAGGUUCAUAUAGAAAAACCCUUGAUAGUGUAAUUCGAAAUAACAGAAGGUUGUAGCUCCACUGCUGUGGGUCCUGUGUACCUAUUGGCAUUCAUGUACAUGAACCCUAGAUAGUUGGUGUUCGAGAUAACAGUAGGUUGUAGCGCCACCACCGGGCAAAAAGUCCCACAUAACACAUUGUCUCCAUUAAAAAAAAGGGAAAAUAAUUGAAUAUGGGCACACCCAUUUGUAACUUUCUUAUACAAACCUUUGCUGAUGAUGACCUUCUAAAUAAUACUAUACAGCUCCUGCAACAAACAAGAAACUGCUUGAACUUGUAUUGACUGUUAUUAGGUCCAAAUUAAUUUCUCAAAAUAUGAUUUGUAAGUGAUUCCAAUAUGCACAUAUCUGACAAUGACUAUAGAAAAAUUGUGUCCAAUUCUUUGGACUAAUUUUACUAAUAUCUUGUUUUGCGUAAAUGACAACUAUUCGAAACAAGGUUGACUAAAGGACAGAUUUUUGUUGUGGUGAUUUGUUUCAAUUUUAGGUUGGCUGAUUUACAAACCAAAGAAGUUCAUACAAAUACAAACCUAGUCAGCAACUACUUGUAAAGAAUUUUCCAAAGCUCUAUUAAGUGCAGUUAGUGUUGUUUUAGUAAUGUUUGCUUGGUAGUUUGUAUAAACUCUUCCUUCAGCAUUUAUCAUGACAAAUUCUUCAACAUAUUUUGUACAUGUUAUGUUGUUUGUCUAAAUAAAUUAUAAAAGAUGUCUA